AUGGCAGAGUCGGUGUCCCCUUCGGCUUCAGCACCCCCACCAUAUAAGGACGAGGUGCCUAGGGCGUUAGAGAUCGUCCCCUCAGAGGGAUUCUAUCCGCUAAUUACUGAAACUCGGAUAUCCCGUCCGGGAGCAGAACAUCGCCCGGCCACUACUAUGCAGGUUUACACGCAUGUCCCUUUUAACCCAGUGGAUUUGGCAGCCUUUAAGGCACAGGCAGGGGAAUUCUCCACGAACCCCAGUAAGUUUAUCUCAGUGUUUGAGGGAUGCCUGGCUAGCCACAAGCCAGACUGGGAUGACUGUAACGUCCUCCUGAAAACCCUGCUGUCAGAGGUAGAGCGAAAUCAGGUCCUGGCUAAAGCACAGGAAGAGGCACAGCGGAGACAUGACCGGGAUCCUCAGAAUGUCCCCAUUCCCGAUAACGUGCUCCCCCGAGCAGACCCUAGGUGGGACCCAAACAACCCCGGGGAUAUGACCCGCCUCAUCGUGUAUAAGGAGUUGCUUUUGCAUGGACUCCGACACUCAGCUGUCAGACAUAACAAUUGGGCUAAGCCUUACGAGCUCAUACAGGAGCCAAAGGAAAGUCCGGUUGCUUUUCUGCAGCGCAUCCGGGAUACAAUUCGGCAAAAUACUAAUGCAGACCCUGAUAACCAGGAAACUGAGGCAAUCAUAAAGGGUAUCUUCACCAGUCGGGCUGCCCCUGAUAUUAAGAAAAAGUUGCAGAAAAAGGAGGAUUUAAUGGGCAUGACUAUGGCACAGAUUUUGGAAGCUGCAAACAAGGUUUACAGCAACAGGGAAGAAGAAAAGGAAAGAAAGCAAGUAAAAUUAAUGGUUGCAGCAGUACAGGCUGGUGGCAAGAGAAAAUUUCAGGAAGGUAGAAGGGGCCGGGGAAUGAGAGGCCGUGGACGUGGGCGCCCCGGCUCACAGGAAAGAUGUCUGGGUCGCAACCAGUGUGCCAGAUGCCGAAAGGAGGGACACUGGAAAAAUGAGUGCCCCGAGAGGGAAGUUACCCCUAUGAUGGCAGCAGAGGAUCAAGACUAGGGGUGUCAGGGGAGACGGACUAUCCUGCCCCCGGAACCCCGAGUAAAGAUGCGGGUGGGAAAUUCGGAAAUAGACUUUUUAAUAGACUCUGGAGCAGCACGAACUGCUGUAAAUCAACCCCUUCAGUUGCCUGUGGCAGAUUCCCUCACUGUGGUGGGUGCUACAGGGAAAGGAACUAAGUGUCCGGUAUAUGCUCCAGCAGAGUGUGCUUUGGGAGACAGAACUCUAUCUCACAAACUAGUUUAUCUCCCCGAUUGUCCAACGCCUCUGCUGGGACGGGACCUGCUUUGCCGCUUAGGUGCCACCCUGCAUUUUACCCAGGAUGAAAUAACCCUCACCUUGCCCCCAGAGAAUGCCUGGAUAAUGACCCUUGCAGUUGAGCCUUCAGCCAUGCAAGCCCCAGAGUGGAGCCAGUGGGAAGACCAGGUUUUCCCUCUAGUGUGGGCAUCGGGGGUCCCAGGAAAAGCAGCCCAUCACACCCCCAUUAAGGUUCAACUCCUGCCAGGAAAAGGUCCAGUGCAGAUUAAGCAGUAUCCGAUCAAAAGAGAAGCCAGAGAGGGACUACAGGAAACUAUAGACCAGUUCCUAAAGCAUGGGGUACUGCGGGAAUGCCAGUCAGCCUGGAACACCCCCAUCUUGCCGGUGCGAAAACCCAAUGGCACAUAUCGGCUGGUCCAGGAUCUGAGGGCUGUGAAUGAGCGAGUCAAGACUCUGCACCCCCUUGUUCCAAACCCGUAUACACUGUUGGCCUCUGUAGGGGGGCAGUACACCCACUUUUCAGUCCUGGAUUUAAAAGAUGCUUUCUUCACGAUUCCAGUUGACAUUCAGUCUCAGGAGAUUUUCUCCUUCGAGUGGGAAGACAACAACAGGGUUAAAAAGCAGCUUUGCUGGACAGUGCUGGCCCAGGGAUUUAAAAACUCUCCUACCCUUUUUGGCCAGGCACUGGCCCGAGACUUAGAGGAAUGGGACAAUGAGAAUAAAGUUCUCCUCCUGCAGUAUGUAGAUGACCUGUUAAUUGCUGCUGUGGGUCUAACUCCCUGCCUUAAGGCUACUGUGAGCCUCCUAAACUUUGUCGGACUCCGUGGGUAUAAAGUAGCUCGGAACAAGGCUCAAAUUGCUCUCACAGAAGUGCAGUACUUAGGAUUUCACCUAAGGCAGGGGGAGCGUCAGCUUUCGAACGAAAGGAAGGAAGCUAUCUGUCAAAUUCCUGUCCCAAGCAAUCGCAAACGGCUCAGAGCAUUUCUGGGCAUGGCAGGCUUCUGCAGAAUAUGGGUUCCAGAGUUUGGACUGUGGGCUAAACCCUUGUACGAAUGUGUUAAGGGAGCAGAUCACGACCCCUUUCACUGGUCAGCAGAAGCUGACAAGGCAUUUAGGGGUUUGAAAAGAAAACUGAUGGAAGCCCCAGCCUUGGGUCUGCCAGACCUCUCUAAGCCAUUUCAGCUGUACGUGCAUGAGAGGAAAGGGGUGGCUCUGGGAGUGCUUACUCAGAUAUUAGGCACUUGGAAGCGUCCUGUGGCAUAUUUCUCUAAACAGCUGGAUCAAGUUGCCAAAGGGUGGCCGGCAUGUUUGCGAGCGGUUGCAGCCACUGCCCUAGUGCUUGGGGAAGCAGAGAAGCUGACUUUGGGGGGAAAAGUACAAGUAUAUACUCCCCAUAUGGUCCAAGCCCUGCUGGACACUAGGGGUGGUCUCUGGCUUACACAGGCUCGAAUGGCUCGGUACCAGGCUAAACUUAUACAAAAUCCUGAAGUUGCCCUGCAAACUUGCCCCUCCCUUAACCCAGCCACCCUGUUGCCAGAAACAGAAAAACAGGAACAUGACUGCUUGGAUGUAAUAGAUACCCAAUACUCCAGCCGUCCAGAUUUAAAAGAUCAGCCACUCCCAAAUGCAGAUUAUGAGUGGUAUACUGAUGGCAGUAGCACUGUUGUAAAUGGACAAAGGAGGGCGGGCUAUGCUGUUGUAACUCUCCACGAGACUGUGGAAGCGGAGGGUUUGCCUGCUGGAACAUCAGCCCAGCUGGCUGAACUGGUAGCCCUGACCCGUGCACUUGAACUGUCAAAAGGGAAAAGAGUUAACAUUUUCACUGAUUCCAGAUAUGCCUUUGGAGUUCUGCACGCUCAUGCCGGUCUGUGGAAGCAAAGAGGAAUGCUGACAGCUCAAGGCUCUCCGGUCAAGCAUGGAUCCCAGAUCCUCCGGCUUCUAGAAGCGGUACAGCUCCCCUCGGCGGUAGCAGUGGUACACUGCAGGGCUCACCAAAAAGAAGAUCAAGACGUGACUAAGGGCAAUGCAAGGGCAGACAGGGAAGCCAAGCGAGCCGCUACCCUGGAACCACUGGAAGCUGAAAAUGCCCAUAUGCAUGCCCUCAUCCCAUCGGUAGGAGAGCUUCCAGCCCCUCAGUACUCUCGUGAGGAGAGGAACCUAGCAGACACACUCGGGCUGAAGGAGAAGGAGGGAUGGCUCCACUCCACGGAAGGAAAAAUCCUCCUACCAAAGAAUCUAAUACUGCCAGUGCUACAGAAACUACACCAGACUACUCAUGCUGGCAAAGAGGCUUUAACCCAGCUCGUAAAUAAAUAUUUUCUAACCUCUGGGCUUAGACCCCUAGUAUCCCAGGUACAAGCUGAAUGCCUAGUCUGCCAGAAGAAUAACCCCCGACCAGGAGUGCCAGUGUUGCCAGCCACACUGAAACCUACCCCAGGCCCAGGAUUGGUUUGGCAAAUAGAUUUUACUGAGUUCCCUCGGGCCCAAGGGUUCAGGUACCUCCUCGUCUUAACGGACCGAUUCAGUGGAUGGCCUGAAGCUUUCCCAUGUCGUAACAACACUGCAAGAACGGUAGCCCUCAAGUUCGUCAAGGAGAUCAUUCCACGAUUUGGGCUUCCUCAAUGGAUGGAAUCUGACAACGGAACGCACUUCACGUCACAGGUUGUCCAGAAGAUAUCGGAUGCCCUACAGAUCCCCUGGAAGCUCCACACCCCCUGGCGACCGCAGGCCAGUGGAGUAGUGGAACGCACAAAUCAGACUCUCAAGCGACAUCUCUCAAAGGUUUGCCAGGAGGCAUCUCUCCGAUGGCCUGAUGCCUUACCCCUUGUUUUGCUUCGAGUUCGCGCUCUCCCAAAGGGCAGGUAUACCAAAGAUUUGCAGCCCCUCCCGCUGGAUGCUCCUGUCCACUCCCUGCAGCCAGGUGACUCCGUCCUCGUUCGUACCUGGAAGGACGAGCCUCUCCAAGAGAAGUGGAAGGGACCCCAUACUGUCCUGCUGGUCUCACACACAGCUGCAAAGGUUGAGGGACACAAGCACUGGAUCCAUCACUCUCGUCUGAAAGCAGUGCCUGCUCCUGAACGGUGGACCGUCCAGCCUGCGGAAAACACUGCCAGUGACGAUUUGGGACUUAAACUGUUGUUUAAAAGACAGUGA